CUGAGGUGUCGGGUGGAAGAACACAUUAUGAAACCGAAGUUACAACAUCAAAUGUCACCUCGUAAAUAUAGUACUAGUCACAGAAACUAAUUACAAAGCACGAGUGCCAGUUCUGGUAAUAUAAUUACCUUUACCCUCGAGUAGGAUGCGAAAUGUUUGUGUUUGCAAGAAUAAUCUGUGCUAAACUACCGACGCCGACCAAAAUGUUAGCCUCAUUCCUUCGAAGAUGGCAGAAGUGUUCGUGUGCUAAGUAACGUUUUAUUUCAUUGACAAUGUUUGUUGUGCUGUGGCCAAUAAUGAAUCUUAUAUGUUUAUCUGUCAUAGAAGAAGAAGAAUUUAGGUCAUGUUUCAUAUUACAAGACGUCGUUUAAUGCCAUGUGUUACAGACAUGAUUCUCGGUUCCUUGCAAAGUAGAAAGUUUGGUGCCCUUGGAGGUACAAGGUUGUAUUGCAAUGAUCCACUUCCACCAAAAAAACCCAAACAAUCAAAAGGACCCAUAACAUGGCGGAGUCUUUCUAUAACAGCUGUCAUUGGAGGAGGAUUUUUGGCGUUUAUGUUAUAUUUGAAGCGUGAGAAAGAAAUUGCAAUCCAGAAGGAACGAAUGCGGCAGCUUGGGAAGGCAGCCAUUGGAGGACAUUUUGAAUUGGUUGACCAUGACAAUCAAAUUCGUAAGAGUGAGGAUUUUAAAGGCCAGUGGCUUCUAAUUUAUUUUGGUUUUACACACUGCCCAGAUAUUUGCCCUGAUGAACUUGAGAAAAUGGCAAGUGUUAUAAAGAAGCUUGAUUCAGAGGAGAAGGUCCCCAAAGUGCAGCCCCUAUUCAUAACAGUUGAUCCAUUGAGGGACACACCAGAAAUUGUGAAAAAGUAUGUAAGUGAAUUCUCUCCUCGGAUCCUGGGCCUGACGGGGACUGUCGAGCAGGUGGAGAAAGCUUGCAAAGCAUACAGAGUGUACUUCAGUGCAGGUCCAAGAGAUGAAGAAAAGGAUUAUAUUGUUGACCACACAAUUAUCAUGUACCUUGUAAACCCAGAUGGAGAAUUUGUAGAUUAUUUUGGACAGAUCCGGACAGUGGAAGAGAUUAUCACUGUUAUCAAGGUGAACAUGGCAAAGUGGGAUCAGCUACACAAGGGUUGGUUCUGAAGUCAUAUGAUGAGUCACCAUCGGUGAACAUGGAAGUCGUCUUGCACAGGAUGUUGUGUCUUCGACAAUGUGGAGUAUAAAUCUGUGCGUGCAGACCUUACAGUUGAACCUUAAAACUUUGCAUACGGUGUGGUGUAUUAGAAUAUAAAUAGGCAAACAAAAAAACUAUUAACACUA